AUGUUCCUUAAGGAACUAAUACGUUUUUCCACCCAGCAUAGAACUUUAUACUGCUAUAUGAUUUUAAGCAUAUGGAUAUUUUUAUUAAUAGCAGGAAUGUACAAAUAUAUAGGUCAUACAUCUUCAUCUUUAAAUUAUAUUUUAAAUGGCAAAUCACAAUAUUAUGCUUCCGUUAUAACGGCCACCCCUUCAUUGGAAUCGAAUAAUUUUGCCAAGUACAAGGCACGAUGUACUGCUUUGACGCAAAUAAAUCGUUUGGAUGAUGGUGGCAUAUUGGAUGGUUGGAAAUUGCAGGGUGUUUUGUUAGUUAUACGUCACGGAGAUCGCGGUCCUAUGUCUCAUGUACGUAAUGUACCGCAUUUGGAUUGUGGCAUAACUGGGGAUAAUUUGGUUAAUAAAUAUCGUAGUUUUUUAUAUAAUUCCACUUCUGUGUCGGGUUCAAAUCACAUGUAUUGGAAUAAAGUUGGUCCAUUUCACAGUUUUCCACUAUUGCCUUUAGCCGAAAAAGAAUGUCUGUUGGGACAAUUGACCUAUAAAGGAAUAGCUCAACUCUUACAUGUUGGUGAGACGCUACAUCAGAUAUAUGCCCAUCCUUUGGGUUUAUGGUUUAAACAACAGUCCAACAGUCAAUAUGGCAAAAAUGUCAUGAACUCCACUCCAUAUUCAACACUCUUGAACUCAGAUGAAGUUGUUGUCUACACCACGCGCGUUAGAAGAACAUUUCAAUCAGCUUUAGCUCUACUCUAUACAUUUUUACCCACGGACAAAUGGCUGGCGCUGAAUGUCAAGGAGUCUCACAGUAUAGCGUUUUGUUUUAGCGACUGCGCAUGUCCACAAGCCGAUGCUCUGCGUAAAGAGCUAAUGAAAAUGCAAAAACAAAGACUAACGCAACAGCCUAUGGUGGCCAAUGUAAUGCACUGGAUUGGCAAUCAACUAUUGCAACAUACACCCAAUGGCAUCAAUGAUCCGAAUGAGGUAGUCGAUGCCAUGCUUACGGUAAUGUGUCAUGAUGCUCCCUGGCCAUGUAGGAAUGUGAAUGGUACUGACCGGACGGUAGUAAGUACCAAAGCCAAUGAUGUGGACUUGAAUGAUGUGAUAAAUAUAGAUCAGGAUGAUGUAGCCGUGGGUGUAGGUCAUGCUGAAGAUAUAGCCUCAAAUUUAAUAGAGCUUCACAAUGCUAAUAUUGAGGCGCCUACGGCAGCUGCAGAAGGCUGUAUAGAAUCACAUCAUGUUUCCACCCUAAUGUCAUUUUCCAAUUGGCAAUCAACUCGUGAAGUUCAUCAUUCGUAUUACAAACGCAUAGGCUUGAUGAGAGCCUAUGGCAUGAUUCGCCACAUAGUCAGUUAUAUGUUACGCAUGAUAUCCGGAGAUCGUACAAAAUUUGUUUUAUAUUCUGGCCACGAUUGGACUCUGCAAUACCUAACAGCCGCCUUGGGCAUACAAACAGAUAACACGUUUAUAGCUUAUGCUGCUCGUUUAGCUUUUGAAGUUUAUAAAAGUGAAGCUCACACAGACUAUUAUUUUCGGGUGGUGUAUGAUGGUCAUGAUGUCACGAAACAAAUCGAUUUUUGUGAGGGCGGUAAAAGUCUUCGGGUUACUCGAGAUUCUCGCGGCAAUAAGGCUGAUCUCUGUCCCAUUGAGAAUAUUAUACGCUUUUUACACGAAGACUACUUUGGUCCGCUAAAUGCCACCAAUUUUAAGGACGCUUGUAUUUUACAGCAACAACAAAAACCCAAUGAAUUUUAAUUUUAAGUUAUUUGCUUUUGAAACGAAAUUGUAAACGAUACAUAUCAAACAAAAUUUAAUAUUAGAAAAUCUAUUUAAUAUUUAGUUAUAAGAACUAAAGCAAAUUAAUUAAGAAACUGCACAUAAAACCGAAAAACCACUCUUAACACUUACAUAUCAAAACUGUGAUAAAUUAGUUAAAUAUAGAAUUAAGUUUAUGAAAAAGAAAACAUGUGUAUUAUAUCAAAUGAAACGUUACAUAUCAUUGUAAAACUAAUCGCAACAAAAACAUAUCAUACAAACAUAAUAUUGUAAAAUAUACAGAUAUCAAAUAAAAAUUAUUUAAAUAUAUUAUCACUAUAAUUAAAAA